GAGACCUGUGUGGAUGCCAAAAUCCGCAGUCUAUUUCUUUUGUCUCAAGGUGUGUGUCUUUGGCUUUUUCUUGGAGUUGGCUCUUGCUUUUGAAGCUCUUCAACUAUGAGUACCAAACAAACUUGUACUACCACGGUGUACACCAAGGGGAGAAGCACCAGUGGUAGCUGUGGUAGUGGAGGUGGUGGAAUAAAAGUUGGUCCAGGAGCCUCUCCUGCCAUGGGUAGUGUUAGGUGCGGUAUGUCUGGAAGGAGCUACUCUGGUGGCAUGAGCUAUGGUGGCUUUGUUGGAGGAGGGGCUGCAGGGGGUGGCUUCGUGUGUGCUCCCGGUGGUGGUCUUGGUGGUGGCAGCGCUCUCUUUGGUGGUGGUGGUCUUGGUGGUGGAUUUGGCAUUUGCAACGAGGUACCCUUGCUUUCCUGUGAUGAGAAGAUGACCAUGCAGAACCUCAAUGACCGCCUGGCCUCUUACCUGGACAAAGUGCGGUGCCUGGAGGAGGAAAACUCUGAACUCGAGUGCAAAAUUAGAGAGUGGUAUGACCAUCAAGGCCUGCUCCUUGACCCAAAGGAUUAUGGCUGCUACUAUCAUCAAAUUGAAGACCUUAAAAACCAGAUUAUUUGUGCCACGGUGGAUAACAGCAAGUUUGUCCUGGACAUUGAUAAUAACCGGAUGACUGCAGAUGACUUCAGACUCAAGUAUGAGACUGAGCUGGCCCUUUGCCAGAAUGUGGAAGCUGAUAUCAACGGCUUACGUCAAGUCCUGGAUCAACUGACCCUUUGCAGGUCUGACUUGGAGGCACAACUUGAAUCCCUCCGGGAAGAGCUGUGUUGCCUCAAGAAGAACCAUGAAGAGGAAGUGAAGUGUCUGAAGAACCAGGCCACUGGGGAUGUUAGUGUGGAAGUCAAUUCUUGCCCAGGGCCAGAUCUGAAGAAGGUCCUGGAAGAAAUGAGAUGUCAGUAUGAAACCAUGAUUGAGAACAACCGUAGAGAAGUUGAGCAUUGGUAUGAAUGUAAGAUGGAGGAAGUGAAUCGGGAGGUCUGUAGCAGCAGCAAAGAGGUUGAAGAUUGCAACAACCAAGUGGUUGACUUGAAACGUCAGCUGCAAACCUUGGAAAUUGACUUGCAGGCUCAGCUUAGCCUGAGGGACACACUGCAAGGCUCGUUGGCUGAGACGGAAUGUCGCUACAACCACCACUUGGCUGAGAUACAGAACCAGAUCUCCUGUGUGGAGCAACAAUUGGCGGACCUGAGAACGGAGAUGGAGUGCCAGAACAGAGAAUAUAGGGAGCUCUUGGAUGUCAAGUGUCGCCUGGAGCAGGAGAUCAAGACGUACCGCUGCCUGUUAGAGGGAGGGCAGCAAGACAUCGUUGGCCAGAGCAGUGGCAGUUCCGGAGGAGGAAUUUGCAGACAAACAGGAGGAGGUGGGAGUAGAACCACCACCCACACCUAUGCUACCUCAUCUUCUCAAGGCCAACCUUGCCAGUCUGAUGCAAAAGGGUACAGCAGAUAGACUUGGAGGGAAAAUAGCAUCUUCCACAGGAAAGCAGCAUUCACAAUUCUGUUCUGUAAGCUUUCUGGGCGCAUAUCAAUAAAAAGAGGAAUCUUCUUGAUACCAACUAUCUAUCAUGGACUACCUCCAGGCUCACCAUAUUACUCACUUCUUCUAUAAAGCUUGGUGUAUUUCCAUUGCCAUGCAUGUUAGUUAACUGGCAUCAUGGGGUUGGUCUUGGUCAUUUUACUGAAAAUGGGACUUCAAUAAAAACUAUGCUUCUGCCUGAUGCAAACAAAAACAAAACGUGUCCCUGCCUCAUGAACAUAUGGCUGAUCACUGGGAGUUAUCUCUGUCAUGCCUUCAGGCCCAGAUUCCCAUGUGACAGGUUCCUAAAACUGCUAGAAUCUGAAAAACUGGCACUAGUUUUCUAUUUUAUUUCUGCUAGAAGUGGGACAGAAAUGGAGUUAAAAACA